AUGCAUCGGUCUGCGGGAUUGACGAUGAGAAAACUAUGCGGUGAACUUGAAUGUCCCAAAUAUCACUUGUGCCAGCUCCACGAUCUCCAGUGCUACCCAUGUCCAUCUUACUGCAACGAGACAUCUAACAACUUCGACGCCAAUAUAUGCGAGCAACGGUGCCAAGAUUACAUUCAUGAUUACAUUCAACGUUAUGUUAAAGCUGACGAAAUACAAGAUUCACUUCAAGAUUUGGAAUUCCUGAAAUUUUGGAUGACGUGUUUAACAGUACUGAUAGUCAUUGCGUUCAUUUUAAUUUUUAUCGCUUGGAUGAUUUUAUGGAACCGCAAGAGGGAGACAUUAAACGUUGAGAACGGGCGCAAAAAAUCGGGUUUCAAAAAUAAAAUGGUUUCUUUAAAGUUCAAAGACAACGCGGUAAGUAUAAUAAGUGAGACAAUGGACAACCCGUUGACUGAGACGACAAUGCGGUCAACAGUGAGCUCGUCAUUCAACUCACAGGCCAGCACAACAAACUCGUCACCGAACAAGCUGCCCUGUGAAGAUUUCACACUUGAGGCCCAGGAUUUCAUUGGCUACGACAACUCGGGGAUGUGGAAAAUGUCCCCGGUCCGUAGUAAACUUCCAUUUCCUUGUUGUCAAGUACUUAAAUUUUCAUUGUUAGUUGGUAUAAUUGAUGUUGGAGAUAGUGUUUGGCAAUUAAUGAUAAAAAUGUUCUCUGAUGAAGUGCUUAGUUUGUACUCCUUGCUAGGAUACAAAAAAAAUAAAAAAAUUUCUAAACUCGAAUGCUGUAAUGUAUUGGAUGAAUAUAAAAUGAACUGUUUCAAUAAAAAAGAAUUAACUGCGGUACCAGAACCUUGGUUUAGAAAUGGCUUCUCUGCUUUGCCAUGGAAUGGUGGCAGGAGGGCAAAGGGGGCUACUAUAACCGCUAUAGUCGAUGAUAUUGAAAUGUGA